AUGUUCAUUUGGGACUGGUUUGCAGGAGUUUUAAAUUACCUUGGUAAGUGUAAUUUUUAUAAUUUUUCAUAUAUAUAUUGUAAUAGAUAUGUAUAAUACAGAUAUAAAGUACAUUAAGAUAUAUGUAAUUUGACUUCAUUUUAUUCUUACUAAUAUAUUAUUUUUAAUAUAUUAAUUGUUUUUAUUAAUAUAUUACAUCUUGUAAUACAUUCUUAUCAAUACAUUUAAAGUUUCUUAUAUGAUUUUUAUGAUAUGUUACAUCUAUGUCUUUUAUAAUAAUAUACAUCUAUAAUAUAUUCUUAUUAAUAUAUUUAAAUUUGUUUUUUUUUUGUAUAUUGUAUGAUUUUUAUUUUUAAUUUUUAGGUCUUUGGAAAAAGAGUGGUAAACUCUUGUUUCUUGGUUUAGAUAAUGCAGGCAAAACCACAUUACUUCACAUGCUCAAAGAUGAUCGAUUAGCUCAACAUGUACCUACAUUACACCCAACUCGAAGAGUUUGGAAAGAUUAUUUUCCUGCAGUGGAUGCAAUAGUAUUCCUUGUUGAUGCAAGUGACAGAUCACGAUUACCAGAAUCAAAAGCUGAAUUUGAUGCACUUUUAACUGAUGAACAACUUAGUGCAUGUCCAGUUUUAGUGCUAGGUAAUAAAAUUGAUAAACCAGGUGCAGCAUCAGAGGAUGAACUUAGAAAUUAUUUCAAUCUUUAUGGUCAAACAACAGGAAAGGGAAAAAUUUCUCGCAAUGAAAUACCUGGUCGUCCAUUGGAAUUAUUUAUGUGUUCAGUACUGAAAAGACAAGGGUAUGGUGAAGGUUUCCGCUGGCUUGCUCAGUACAUUGAUUGA